GUAGUGGCAAGAAUCACACUUAAAUCAUACCUUAGUGUCGUGUUUUGGCUAGUUGGUUAGUCAAGCAACUUGUGGUUGUUUUGGUGUAAUGUAUCAUGUUCUUGAGUUGUUUCGGGUACUACUUUUACACUGUUAUAUCUACUUUCCGUUUUAUAAAUAUCCUGCCUGUGUUGAAUGCAUUUUUGUUGUCCAAGAAAGCAGUAAAUACAGGAGAAACUCUGCCGAAAUUUCUUAUAAUUUCAAAACUUGUUAGGUUUACAUAAGAGUCGGUAGUAAUCCGGGUUUGUUAAAAUCCGGAGGGUAAUGCCCUGAUGGAAGCUUACAGCCGGGCAGGGUUCCCUCAAGGCGCAUCGGAGAUCUUCUGUUUGAUGGAGCACAUGGGUUGUGAGCCUGACAGAGCUUCAUAUAACAUCUUGGUGGAUGCUUAUGGAAGAGCAGGUCUUCAUCAAGAGGCAGAAGCGGUGUUCCAGGAGCUGAAGCAGCAGGGCAUGCGUCCGACGAUGAAGUCGCACAUGCUGCUCCUGUCCGCGCACGCCAAGUCCGGCAACGUGUCCAGGUGCGAGGAGGUGAUGGCGCAGCAGCACAAGUCCGGGCUGCGGCAUCAACGCGUACGGCCGGGCCGGGCGGCUCGACGACAUGGAGCGCCUCCUCGCGGCCAUGGAGAAGCGCGACGGCGGCGGCUACACCCCGGACAUCGGCACGUACAACGUGCUGGUGAACGUGUACGGGCGCGCGGGCUACCUGGACCGGAUGUAUCGGCGGCGUUCGGCGCCGUGGUGGCCAGGGGGCUCGCCGCCGACGUGGUGACGUGGACGUCCCGCAUCGGGGCGUACGCGUGGAAGAAGGAGUACGGGCGAUGCCUGGAGAUCUUCGAGGAGAUGGUGGACGCCGGCACGGCCAAGGUGCUCCUCGCGGCGUGCUCCGACGAGCGGCAGGUGGAGCAGGUCACGGCUAUCGUCAGGUCCAUGCAUAAGGACGCCAAGACGCUCUUCACAUUAUGAAAUCAACACUAGCAAUUAUACAACAAUUCAUGUUAAGAAAUGACUAGUAGAGCAGUGAAGUUUAGUAUGUAUGAAUAUGAAUUGUUGUAUAAUUGCUGCUGCAUGAUUACAUAUUUCAAAGGAAAUACUCCAGGGUGACCAAGCGCAACUUUGACAGAAAUCAUAAUGUCAUGGCGAUGGUCCCAUGAUAUAUUGCU